UGGUGACCGAGUUGUAUAUAGGGAGCCGCAUCCACCCAUGUGCCGCAGGUUCUCUUACAUCGACCGCCUAAGAGUCGCGCUGUAAGAAGCAACAACCUUUUCCUCCCAGCCAUCCACCCGGCAGCCGCAAAGCAGCAACCAUGCGUGAGUGCAUCUCCAUCCACGUUGGCCAGGCUGGUGUCCAGAUCGGCAAUGCCUGCUGGGAGCUCUACUGCCUGGAACAUGGCAUCCAGCCCGAUGGCCAGAUGCCAAGUGACAAGACCAUUGGAGGAGGAGAUGACUCCUUCAACACCUUCUUCAGUGAGACAGGCGCUGGCAAGCACGUGCCCAGGGCAGUGUUUGUAGACCUGGAACCCACGGUCAUUGAUGAAGUUCGCACUGGCACCUACCGCCAGCUCUUCCACCCCGAGCAGCUCAUCACAGGCAAGGAAGAUGCUGCCAAUAACUACGCGCGGGGGCACUACACCAUUGGCAAGGAGAUCAUUGACCUCGUCUUGGACCGGAUUCGGAAGCUGGCCGACCAGUGCACAGGUCUUCAGGGCUUCCUGGUUUUCCACAGCUUUGGUGGGGGAACUGGUUCUGGGUUCACCUCCCUGCUGAUGGAACGUCUCUCUGUCGAUUAUGGCAAGAAAUCCAAGCUGGAGUUCUCCAUUUACCCAGCCCCCCAGGUUUCCACAGCUGUAGUUGAGCCCUACAACUCCAUCCUCACCACCCACACCACCCUGGAGCACUCUGAUUGUGCCUUCAUGGUUGACAAUGAGGCCAUCUAUGACAUCUGUCGUAGAAACCUCGAUAUUGAGCGCCCAACCUACACUAACCUGAAUAGGUUGAUAGGUCAAAUUGUGUCCUCCAUCACUGCUUCCCUCAGAUUUGAUGGAGCCCUGAAUGUUGACCUGACUGAAUUCCAGACCAACCUGGUGCCCUAUCCCCGCAUCCACUUCCCUCUGGCCACAUAUGCCCCUGUCAUCUCUGCUGAGAAAGCCUACCACGAGCAACUUUCUGUAGCAGAGAUCACCAAUGCGUGCUUUGAGCCAGCCAACCAGAUGGUGAAAUGUGACCCUCGCCACGGUAAAUACAUGGCUUGCUGCCUGUUGUACCGUGGUGACGUGGUUCCCAAAGAUGUCAAUGCCGCCAUUGCCACCAUCAAGACCAAGCGUACCAUCCAGUUUGUGGACUGGUGUCCCACUGGCUUCAAAGUUGGCAUUAAUUACCAGCCUCCCACUGUGGUACCUGGUGGAGACCUGGCCAAAGUACAGCGAGCUGUGUGCAUGCUGAGCAACACCACAGCUAUAGCUGAGGCCUGGGCCCGCCUGGACCACAAGUUUGACCUGAUGUAUGCCAAGCGUGCCUUUGUUCACUGGUACGUGGGUGAAGGUAUGGAGGAAGGAGAGUUUUCUGAGGCCCGUGAGGACAUGGCGGCCCUUGAGAAGGAUUAUGAGGAGGUUGGUGUGGAUUCUGUUGAAGGAGAGGGUGAGGAAGAAGGAGAGGAAUACUAAAAGUUAAUAUGUCACAAAGGUGCUGCUUUUACAGGGAAACUUAUUCUGUUUUAAACAUUGAAAAGCUGUGGUCUGAUCAGUUAAUUUGUAUGUAGCAGUGUAUACUCUCAUGCAAUUACUGGCCUUUGCUUUAAAACACGACACUUUGUUACAGAUCCAACCUGCCCAUUUCUCUGAUGGGUUUGAAUAAAGUGUUCCCUGUCUUAAA